UACCUAUUUAGGUUUGAAAAUUAUGUAGUGUUUAACAAUUCAUUUCCGAAAUGCCGUCUGGUCGUAGAGGACGCAAGAAAGGCGGACGCCUCCCUAGCCAAGUAGAGCGAGGUGGUUCAGACAUGAGCAGUGAUUCUAUAAUUACGGCAAGAAACUCAUGCGACCUCAGCAAUGAUUUUGCCACUGACAGUAGAGCGGCGUGUGUUCUAGUUAGCAGUUGCACUUCAGACGUUGAUCUUCCUGACACUAGACAAAAUUGUACAACCGUCUAUGAGUCUGCCAAGUCGGGUACCACUCAAUUGUUCAAUGGUGAGCGGGAAGCGUUCAUGCCCGAGUCUACUUCAGACUUAGUUGUCAGUCGAGACUGCCGUGAAAUAAAUACAAAAGUAACAACAGCGUUGGCAUGCAACCAGAAUGUAAAUGCCUCGCAAAUCAGUCUUCAUCAUACUAAGAAUUCUGCUUUCAAUGACUGUGGAAAAUUUGGAGAAGCAACCACGAAGAAAUCGAAAGCGAAAUACUCGUCCAAUGAUUCUUUAAAAGAAAAUUUACUGCUGAAUGAUGAUGGUCAGCACGGCCUUGCGGAUUCAUGUCCAACUCCUGACAUCGAUGACGAAUGUAAUUUAAAUUCGAUCAAGUCCUGUGGUUCACUCACACCAAACGUCAAAGACUGCCUCGAUUCCCACAAGGCACAAACGACCAGUAAUCUAGAUUUAAACUCUUCUAAAUAUAAUCGCGUUGCAACAUCUGACUCAUCCAGCGCUGUUGCUGAUAAAAAUGUAAAUCCACCAAUAUUUGAGCACUGUCAGAGGGGGAAAAAAUUAUCCGUAAAAGAUUGCCAGGAUUCAAGCUCGCCGGAAAACGAGUUAAAACGCUCCUUGAACUCUAAUACGUCGAAGACAUCAAAAGUUAAUCCAGCUUCUGGUGGAAAACUUCGGCAACGUGUGAUGUUCAGAGCUGUCAACGAUGUCGGCGAUCCAGUUAAAGUUGAGGAGUCGUCGGCUACUGAGUUUAAACGCAAGCAGCAGUGGGUGAUAAACGCCCGCGCCUGGGACAGUCCCUUGUGGUGGUGCUUGCUGGCGCUGCUGCGUCUGUCGCUUGCCGGCUUCCAGACGAGCUACCUCCACCCUGACGAGUUCCAUCAGUCGCUCCAAGUUCGAGCUCGUGAUUUGCUGCAAAUUGAAGGCCAGAAGCCGUGGGAGUUCACUAGUGCUUCUCCCAUCCGUUCGAUCGCCUUCUCAGGCAUAGUAUCAUUGCCGUACAGCGUCCUACGCAGCCUCAACCCGUAUACCGUCUACUACUUCGACUGGACUCUGCUCACUCCUCAGAUGCUGCUUCUCACUCCGCGGCUUCUCAUGACUUUUCUGUCGUUCAUCGCCGACUGGUGCAUUUACAGAAUAGCACGUAUGUGUUACGUGCGACCGUGGCAGUGUAUGGAGGUGUUCGCAAGUUCGUACGUCAUGCUUGUGUACGGAACGCGCACGCUUUCCAACACCUUCGAACUUAUCCUUACGUGCGUGGUGCUCUGGAGAGUCAGUGUUUCUAUUGUCGAGAGCACCAAAGUUAUUCGUAGAGAGACUCUAAUUGAUGAUAUGUAUCAGUCGGCCGAGGAGAUGAAACAUAAGGUACGAUUGGUGAGACUGCGCAGUAGUUUGCCACCAUACAAUUACGUCGACAGCUUCAUUUUGUCAGUUGUUGUCACUUAUGGCGUGUUUGUUCGGCCUACAUUCCUCGUGUACUCAUUCAUUCCCAUGGCUUAUUGGCUACAGCGCGGCAUCGUCACAAAAGAACUUGGUUUUAAGUAUUUUAAUCUUCGGAUCCUGAGUCUCUUACCCGGGAUCAUAUUAACGUUCUUAAUCUGUGUCUUAGCUGACUCAUUUUACUACGAAAGUCUGACCGCAAAAGAACUUGUAUUUGGCAAUGUUACUGCCAGCUCAUUCAUCGUCACUCCCCUCAACUUCUACGCCUACAACGCCAAGACCGAGAAUGUGGUGUCGCAUGGAGAACAUCCCCAUUUCCUGCACAUGCUUGUGAACCUUCCUCUCUUGCAUGGCGUGCUGGCCUUCGUCGGGCUCUACCACAUGUCUCUUUUUGUGUCGCGCGUUUUCGGCACAGGCAGCAUCGCCCGUAAGCCUAAAGUCUACAGCCUGGCAACCAUGCUGAUGUUGUCGUUCAUUGUUCCUGUGAUGAUUUUGUCCGCCGUGCCUCACCAAGAGGCUAGGUUUCUCUUGCCAACUCUUCCACCGCUUGUCCUUCUUCAUUCAGAUAAAGUCAGCCUUCAUAAUUUCUUCAAGUUACGAUUCUCUAAACAUUUCCUUUUCCUCAUGUGGCACUCGUGGAAUAUAUUUUGUGUAGUUUUCUUUGGAUUUCUUCACCAAGGUGGAGUAACCAACGCAGUCAUUGGUGUGCACGAAUACAUUCAAAGCAAACCGCAUAAUUUUGACAAGCCAAUCCACGUGUACUUUUCUCAUAUGUACACACCUCCAACUUUCCUACUCAUGAGGAAAAUUGAAGUUGUUGCAUCGACCUCAGAAGGCAGAAAGUUCAGAGUUCCUAGGACGAUUUACAGCCAUCACUUGAGUGGCUCUACAAAUUCCUCUCAGCUCAGCUCGUUGCUCCACGCUCAACUUCUGAACAGCACCCACGUGUACAAUUCAAUGCCUGACGCCGGGGAUAACAUGACAGCAGAAGUAAUAAUUUGUUUGCCCGGCAGCGUUGCAACGGAUUUUCUUGACCACGUACGACAAGAUGUCGUUGGAACAAAUCGCCAGGGCGGAUUGCGACGUACUAAAGCUGACUGCUCUGCUCAAGCCGGCUGCUCUUGUAGCGAUUAUGAAACAAGUGGUACAUGCAGCGGCGAUGAAACGGGCUCAAUGAUGGCCGCUAAUGGUAGCAAAGGCCUGCGUCUCGAGUUGAUAUCAAGGCAGCCCCUGCAUGUGAGUUUUGAACAUCUGCCGUCUUCUUAUCUUCGUGUUACGCCAGACUGUGACCAGAUAUGCGCUGCCCGACGUAAGAUCCACGAAUUUAGUAUGGAAACUUAUCGAGUAACAUUCCGUGAGGAGAUGAAAUGAAACUGCUGAUCAAUGUUGAGUAAUUUGGUAACUUGUUCCAUCAUUCCUAUUUAUUACUAAGAAAUGAGAAUUUUUGUCUAGUCCUAAUCUCGAGGUUGUUGCAUCUUACUUUUUAGAUUAUAGAUUUAAGCUGUGGCAAUUUUAGCCUCUGAUUUCUAGUCAUGAAUUUCUACAAGAUAAUUAGCAUCAGCCCUUAGAUAAGAUCUACUUAGAAGGGAAGUUAGAAGCGAUUUUAUUUUUCUGACAAUAUGAAUUCAGGUGUCAAAAAUGGUCAAGAUAGUUUCUGCUUAACCUGUUUGAUUCACAAUAGUUAAUAAACAUAAUCGCUCUUCAACUAUGGAAUGUCCAGUCCUGGGUUUAUAUUUCACUUCAAUGCUCGUUGAAAAAUUAGAAUUUUACUUCUGACGUUUCCAUUUAUGAUUUGAAUUAGUUCGAAUUUCGUAUCGUGGAACGAAAAUUGUAAUUAUCUAAGAAUCUAUCUGCUGCUUAAUUGUUAUACUAAGUUUCAGGAUAUAUUGGCCGUUGCUGAAAUUACGUUGACCAUCGAAGGUUCGCUAGCGGCUAGUUGUUGAAUUCUCAA